UCAUUACCUCUGAUCCUUUUCGCGGACUAUUUCGUAAUGCGGACGUGUCCACGCCGGGACGCGGUGUUUCCGGUGUUCACGAGAGCUUCUGUAAAGGAGCGCGGUUCCUGAGGAGGAACUGGAGCAGCGGGCGCCUCAUUGAAAUUAGUGUCACUCCACUUAAUACCAUCUUCAGAUUGCAGAGGGAAGCGGCGCCCCUGAUAUCUGCUCGAAGAAAACAAACGUGUCGGCGCUUGGAGUGUAAUCACCGCGUGGCUGCGCAGACCCUGCAGGAUCUCUGGUAGGGCAGAGAACAAAACCGUUAGGUGAAGUUAGCGAGCAACCGCGCGCUGCCAUGUCGGGUGUUGUGCGAGGCCCCGCCGGCAACAACGACUGCCGAAUUUAUGUCGGAAACCUCCCCCCUGAUAUUCGCACAAAAGACGUUGAGGACGUGUUCUACAAAUACGGGGCGAUACGAGAUAUCGAUCUGAAGAACCGGCGGGGCGGGCCCCCUUUCGCCUUCAUUGAAUUCGAGGACCCCAGGGACGCCGAUGACGCGGUCUAUGGGCGAGACGGUUACGACUACGACGGAUACAGGCUGCGCGUGGAGUUUCCCCGAAGCGGCAGAGGCUCGAGAGGUGGCUUCGGGGGGAUCGGUGGAGCCCCCAGAGGGAGAUACGGGCCUCCAUCCAGACGCUCCGAGUACAGGGUCAUCGUGUCAGGACUCCCUCAGAGCGGCAGCUGGCAGGACCUGAAGGACCACAUGCGUGAAGCGGGCGACGUCUGCUACGCCGACGUUUUUAGAGACGGAACCGGGGUUGUAGAAUUUGUGCGCAAAGAAGACAUGACCUAUGCCGUACGAAAGCUGGACAACACCAAAUUCCGCUCGCAUGAGGGAGAGACUGCUUACGUCCGUGUGAAAUUAGACGGCCCCCGCAGCCCAAGUUACGGAAAAUCCCGCUCCCCCAGCCGUGGAAGCAGGAGCAGGAGCCGAAGUCACAGCGCCAGCCGCAGCCGCAGCAACUCCCGUGGCCGAGGGUCGCCCCGCUACUCGCCGCGUCACAGCCGCUCUCGCUCUCGUUCAUAAACCUUUCUACCCCCGAUGUUUUGAUGUACCCCCCGGAUUUUACCCACUGUUUUGAGUUUCUUCAGAUGUCGGCAAUUCAUCUAAAAAAUUUUGCGUUUCAUGUCCCGAUGUCCUUAUGGAUGAUCUUGGUAUGUAGCAGUACCCCCCCCCCCACCCUCCUCUUCUUCUUCCUCCUUUUUAUCCUCUUCCCAGCCUUCUCCAAGUGCUUUGUCCUUUGUUUUUUCCUCUACUCUCUGUCCUCUGUUUCUGCAACAUUAAGAAAUGUGCUGUGUGGAGCUUCAAAAAUGUUGAGUUGUCAUUUGCUGCACUCAAUGUUUUUGCAAGUGUUGAAAGUUUUAUUUUUGUUUCAUUUUUUUAAAACCACACACAUAGCAUCUCUCAUUGGAUAUGUGGGGUGGGCUGUUGGGACAGGGAGCACAAUACUUAACUGUAUUUUACCCUUGUGUCUUCCUCUUAGAAAUCAGAAGAGAAGGAUUAAAGUGAUUUGGAAUAAAACCAUUGUGGAGCACAUUUCAUUUGUAUGGUCAGGAUAGGACAUCUAAUUGAAGAGCAAUCAUGUCGAGGCAAUGGUACGCUUCAUAUUCCAUAAAUUGAACGUUUUGAUAGGUUGCCAUACCAUGCAUGUCAUAUUUAAUAAAGCCAUAUGUGCUGUACUAUUUUUAACUUGCUACUCUGGCUUGUGACAGAAUAAGCAGUCUUAGAAGUGUUGUGAUGUAAGAUCCUUGCUGUCAAAUGUAAAACAAAUGAAUCACUACUUUGUUGCAAAGACGUUCCACUUUUAACUUUAAACGUCCUCAUUGGUUAAAAUGAUUUAAAUUCAGGGAGCAAUACUGUUUGAGCUCUGUGUUUUUUUUCUUUCUUUAAAUUUGACAUGAGUGCACAAAAAUGGAAAAAUUGGGCCUACAAAUUGUAACAUUUUAUUCUAACAGUCUGCCUGUGAUUUUCUUCCUGGUAUUUCAAGGUUUUGAUUGGAGGAGUGGCUCAGUGGAUCCCAAUCCUUGGAGCUGGAUGAGUGGAUCGAUUAGGAAAGGGAUAGGCAAGGAUGGAUGCUCGGAACGGGAUCAGUUUUCCAGGAUUCAAAUGAGUUUGAUUUCAGUACUGAUUAACAGGAGUCCCGGAGCAACUUUUUUUUUUUUUUUCUUCCCCCAUUAGGUUGCCUAUUUAAAGUUUUUCAAUAGUAAUGGCUUUAUUUUACAAGAAAACGAAACUGAGGACCAGGAAGUUGGAUCAAAGGAUGGAGUCGUAGAUGCCUGGUAUGAAAGAAAUACAAAUUUGGGA